GUCGGUUGGGCGGAAGUGAAGACAGACAGGUCUGCGUUCCAAUAGAUAGCGACAUUUUCUGGCCCGCCCCCUAGGGAGAACCAAUCAGAGGGAGAGAAGCCAGGCUGCUGUGGGCCGGGGUCUGCCAGCUGAAGUUUUGAGCUUGGUUUGGAAUGAGUUUGCCACGUGUGCGUGCUGCUGGGGAGGGACAAGCGGGCAGGGUGAGCCGAGGGUGGAUGAGGUUCCCUUCUCUUCCCCCAGCAUCAUCCACCUCUGCAGGGGGCUGGAGCCCCUGGGGAGCCUGAUUACAGCGAAACCUGCCUUAAGUCCUCUGCAAAACUCAGCGCCUGGCCGCAUCGGUGUGCAAGUAAAGACCGAAUCCUCUUGUGCUGACAAUAUUGGGGGCACUUUAAGGCGGCUGCGAAAGGCACUGAAUGUAACUGACCCAGGAGGAGGAGAGGUGAGGUGAGGUGAGGUGAGGGUCCUUGCUCCAGGCUUCCAGCUGUAUAAAACUCCUUUACGCAACCGUCAUCCAGAUUUUUUUUUCUUUUUGAGAAAAUAGCUCUUGCUGUGACUGACUCAAGGAUGAGGGUUGCAUUUUGGGCUCCCCUUUUCUGUGUGGUUGUUACCUGUGUGAGUGGGGCACUUAUCCCAGAAGCAGAAGUGAAGAUUGAGGUGCUCCAGAAGCCAUUCAUCUGUCAGAGGAAAACCAAAUGGGGGGAUAUGAUGUUGGUGCAUUAUGAAGGCUACUUGGAAAAAGAUGGUUCAAUGUUUCACUCCACCCACAAGUAUAACAAUGGUCAACCUAUGUGGUUUACACUUGGCAUAAAGGAAGCUAUUAAAGGCUGGGACAAAGGUUUGAAGGAUAUGUGUGUAGGAGAAAAGCGGCAACUAACUAUUCCUCCAUCCCUUGCUUACGGAAAAGAAGGAAAAGGAAAAAUUCCACCUGAGAGCACGCUGAUAUUCAACAUUGACCUUCUAGAAAUUAGAAAUGGACCGAGAUCUCACGAGUCAUUCCAACAGAUGGAUCUUAAUGAUGACUGGAAGCUAUCCAAGGAUGAAGUGAAAGCAUAUUUGAAGAAGGAAUUUGAAAAGCAUGGAGCACCAGUGAAUGACAGUUAUCAUGAUGUUUUGGCUGAUGACAUAUUUGAUAAAGAAGAUGAAGAUAGUGAUGGAUUUAUAUCUGCCAGGGAGUUCACAUACAAGCAUGACGAGCUGUAGAGAAGCCUGGCAGAAUUUUC